CCAGCAUUAUGAUAAAAGAAGAGUAAGAUCCAACAAGAAGGACCUUACUAAGUGCGAGUGAUGUUAUUGUUUCCACUUGAUCAUGCCUUCCAUGGCCCCGAGUGCUGAUCUAUGUGAUGGUGCUCUCCUUCCCUGUCUACCGUGAUGGCGCAGAUGGCAUUAAAUGUCUCUUUCUUGAGUGCCGAAUGUCACAUAGAUGAACACUAAACCUGCUUUUCUCCGGAAUACCCACAACCCGUUCCGAGACCCUACCAUGGUAACAUCCACACACGACAUUGAUUGUAUGAGGUUAUUUGUGUACCGUUGCAUAGGUGUGUACAACAUUGGGCAGCUCUUCUGGUCAGGCUACCAAAGUCUGGCAGUUCUCAGCAGCGAUGGCACAGAGGUGCUUGGAAUUGACUGGUCCAUGACCACCUUUGGUGACUGAUCCCAUGCUUAUCUCGUCUUUGCGAUCAUCGAAUGAUUGCUGCAUAAGCUUCAUAGUUAGGUGCUCGAGAACUUUUCUACGGCGCCCUCUUCAAGUGAAGUCUUUGACAAAAACACCCUCUUUGGCGUCACGAGAGACGCCUACAUCACUAUCUUUUCUCGCAAGCUCUGCAUACCCUGGACUCCACCUCCUUGGCACUAGUGGAAAGCAUGGAAUCUAAGAUGGAAGACUUGAUGUGCCAGGACGACAGAGAUUUUAUCCAGCCGGAUUUUGUGGAUGAUACUAUUCGUGCAUAUGUUCGAGGGCGACUCCAGCAUGAUGAUGCGUUUGAGAAGUGGCGUUCGGACCCUUUCGUGCAAAAAGAAAUCGAAAGAGAACUUGUGCAGAGGGCUCAUGGAGAGAUCAGGUUGGCUGAGUGCCAACUUGAUACUUUACAGAACUGCCUGGAUCGCCGAACGCUGCAGAAGACUCUCAAGUCUCUACCCGAGAGAAUAGAGGAGAUCUACGAUCGAAUCGUAGAUGGUAUCGAUGAGGACUACUUCGAUUACGCCAUCAAGCUUCUACAGUUUCUUACUUACGCAGAACGGCCGCUAAGACUUGAAGAAGCGGUUGAUAUUCUGGUAGUUGAUCCGAGCCGGAAUCCUCCUUUUGACUUCAAAUCAAGGAUGCCAAACCCUCGGGACAUAACGAGAAUUUGUCCAAGCCUCGUAUCUCUCGUGGAAGUUGAGCUAGAUGGAGUUGGAGAGACCAUUCUGGAGCUUCAACUGGCGCAUUUUUCGGUCCAGCAAUAUCUCAGUCCUAAACGAAUCGACGAAGAUACCUUAUCAGAAAACAUGAGUCACAAAGUUACGAAGCUCAGAGGCGAACUCCAUGAGACCAGAACAAGGGCAUCCAUAACGAUGAUAUGUUUGGCAUACUUGUCGCAUCUAGCCGAGGAGUGUGGAACCUGGGGACUCUGCAGAGAGCAAUUCCCACUGGCACAGUAUUCAGCGCAAUAUUGGAUGGGUCAUGCAAAGAUUGCUGAGAGCGAGGAGAACGUCCAGAAAAUGAUCUUAAGCUUCUUCCUUCAGCAAAAGCAAGCAUACGCAACCUGGGUUGAGCUUUUUGAUCCGUGGGCGCAAAUCUAUGGAGGGGAGAUGGCAACACCAUUGUACUUCGCAUCUUUGGCAAAUCUCCGAUAUACGGUAGAAAACCUGCUGCAGCGAGGAGCUGAUGUCCAUGCUCAAGGUGGCCGAUAUGGCUCUGCUCUCCAGGCAGCUUCAUACCAAGGCCAUAAGGUCGUUGUUCAGCUGCUGCUACAGAAAGGAGCCAACGUCAAUGCGCUCGGUGGUAAAUAUGGUUCUGCUCUCCGGGCCGCCUCAUCUCGAGGUCAUGAGGAUGUUGUUCAGUUGCUACUGGAGAAAGGGGCCAACGCUAACGUUGGUCGUGACAACGCCCUCCAGGAUCAUAAAACACUCCUUCUUUUGCUUGAACAGCGGAAUAUGAGGGCCCUGAUGAUGGCCCGUGAAGAAGCGAAGCUCUUCGAAGGGAGUCCAGAGGAUAGGUAG